ACCAGCCGAGCCGCACACUUCACACAUCCUAACAAGAGUAAUUACACAGGGAAGCGGAGAGUUAGACAGAGACCCAAAGAAGACUCCAAACAGGGGAAGAGAAAGGGGCUCUGGAGAGACUCACAGGAGAGACACACACGACACAACUCACUUAUAAACAGAAAGAGUGGGAUUUUGCCAUACUAAGUUCAUUUAAGGAUACGUCUUAAUUUCUAAAACAAUCUACUUGGGGAGGGAAAAAAACUUUAAAAAGCUUUUGCAAAAAGAAAAAAACAAAAAACAACCAUCAGUUAGGCUACUUCGUUCAUUGGUGUUAAAGAUGUCAUGUUUCAUGUCACUAUGUCUGUCCAUUUGGGUAGUACUCAUGAUGCCUGGCAGGACAAGUGCACAGACUAACAACAUCAACGUGAUGGUCAUUUUGCCUCGCAACAACACAUACCUGUUCUCUUACCAGAGAGUUUCUCCGGCUAUUGAGUACGCGAAAAAAAGCAGAGCAGAGCUGUUCGCAGGAUUGAAAUUCAAUGUGGAGCAUCAGAACUCCUCGUGUGGGAUGGACGCUCUGUACGCGCUGGUGGACAAGCAGAAAGACGAGCGUCCCGACCUGAUCCUCGGUCCGGUGUGCGAGUACACCGCCGCAUCGGUGGUUAGAGUGGCAUCGCACUGGAACAUCCCAGUGAUCACAGCAGGUGCUCUGGCCACCGGCUUCAGCGUCAAAGCCCCCGAGUACUCGCAUCUCACAAGAAUCGCUCCAACUUACCUGAAAAUGGCUGAGACGUUUCGGGCGAUGUUCGGUCGUUUCGGCUGGAGAACUGCAUCUUUGAUAUACGACGACGAUAAAGAGGAGAGAAACUGUUACUUUACGGUAGAGGGGGUUUAUACGGUGCUCUCAGAGUACCACAUCGUCAAAGAUUACGCUGUGUUUAACUCCAACGAGGAGAGAGUAGAUGCCGACGGGAUCAUCGCGUCCGUCUACGGGAGCGAAGUUGUGAUCAUGUGUGCCAAGGCGGACACAGUACGAGAACUCAUGCUGGCAGCCCAUCGACGAAAAUUAACCAGCGACAGCAGCAUUUUCUUCAACAUCGAGCUGUUCAACUCCUCUUCCUAUGGGGAUGGAUCCUGGAGGAGAGGAGACAAAUAUGACAAUGAGGCCAAGGCUGCCUACAGCUUUCUCAACACAGUAACGUUGCUUAGGUCCACAAAGCCAGAGUUUGAAGACUUCUCCAUGGAAAUGAAAAAGUCACUACAGCAAUCAGACAUCCCUGUUUGCGAAGGCUGCAGUGCUGUCAAUAUGUUUAUGGAGGGGUUCCAUGAUGCUUUGAUUCUGUACGCAACUGCCUUGCGUGAGGUGAUGAGCAAUGGUCGGACGAAAAAGAAUGGACUGGAAAUCACACAUAGCAUGUGGAACAGAACAUUUGAAGGCAUCGCUGGCCAGGUGUCUCUAGAUGCCAAUGGUGACCGGAAUGGGGAUUUCUCUGUCAUUAGGAUGACAGACCCAGAGGCAGGAACUCAUGAGACCAUCUUGAGCUACUUCGGCAACAAUAGAAGUUUCCAGAUCAUGCCAGGCUUUAAGAGGGAAUGGUUCUCCUUGCGAACAGCACCAGAGCCUCCACCCCCAAAACACAGUGACCCAUCAUCAGGUGGACUAGGUGUAUCGGCAGUGACUGGGAUAAUAGUAGGGGCAAUUCUGGGAACGGCUCUCCUUAUGGGAUUCUACUUCUUUAGGAAAAAUUACAGGAUAACCAUUGAACGGAGAAUACCUCGAGAAGAGUGUGACAUCGGGAAGCACCGUCAGUUGCGGGAAGACUCCAUAAGAUCCAACUUCUCGGCAGCGUAGUCUGUAGUCGUAAGUCGACUGGAAAGGUGCAUCUCAGAUGGGUCUGUGAGCUCAUCAAACACCAUCCCAGGAACCCUGAAAUAUUUAUAGACAUGCUGUAGUGUUUUUUCCUUGUAAAUGUCUCUUGCUCUUCAAUUCGUAAACUCAGGAAAGUUGAAUUAUUGGAGGAGAAGCGCUCGCAAGGCUUCUCGACUCUCUGUAAAGGAAAAAGGGUCUUUUUUAUUUAGCUACAGACCUUUUUUCCUGCCAAACUGAUCUUGAGGAAAACUCUUUUGUAGAAAAUAGUCAGUUGACUUGAGUCCGAUGGGGAGAAGCGGUUAUGAGAUAUUGAGGACGGCAAGAGUGAUAUCAGAACCUAAGCUUACUUUAAACGCAACACUCUCACUCAUGUUACCUUCCUCUACUUCCUUUAGAGAAUGUCCAGUAGAACACACUGAUCAACAUCCAUGCUUUCUUCUUUGUAGAUUUUGUCAGGAGGCACUGAUGAAAACAAAACUGAUGUGAACUUUAAAAUGACGUUCCUCUCUGUCAACACGCAUCUCAGCAAGCCUUGAUGUAUCAAAUUUGGCUGCAUGCUGAAACACUGAACUGUUAUUUAUUAUUACAAAUUCAGAUUUUCUACAAGUGAUUUCUUUCAUAGGUUUUAGUCCCACUAAUUUUAAUAAUCCAAUAUACUUUCAGCUCUUUUGAAUUACACUGCCAUGUACAGUAUCAUAUGCGCUGCUGGGUGCCUCAUGACCAAAUGUUGUCUGACUGGUGUUUUUUUUUAAUGUAAAACUGACUUAAGUGUCCAUUCAUGUCAAAAUGUUUGAAAAGAUUUGUAAACUUAUGCUUUAAUAACAGGAAAAUACAUCAAUGCCUACUAUAAGCCUUCUCCACCAUUACCUUUUUUGUCAGUCGUUUUGUACAGCCCACUCUUUGUUGUUAAACAUUACCCUUUUUUGAUUUCAAGAUAGGUGAUUCUGCUUAAAUCAUGCCUGAUUUUUCAUCGGCCUGCAUCCGUGAAGGUGAACUGCAGAGGCAAGCGAUUUCUUUGGUUUAAAAAGCUAAAAAAGGAGGUUGUCAGGAAGUUAUGUAAUAGCUAUAGAUACAUCACAAAAUGAUUUUAUACACAACAGAAGCCGGUCUACCUACCAACAACAGAUUUCGAAAAGCUAUGUUCAGUUUAUAUUGCACAUGUACAUUUUUGAACUUUUAUGUCUUUAGAUUGUCUUUGUCAGGAGGUGGUUAUCAAUAAUCUAUCAGUUUAAUAGCAUAUAAAGUAUAUUUUUACCAUUUGUGAUGAUUCAGUAAUGAUGAUGAGAUGUAAAUGUGAGAUGUCACAUUUAAAACCAUCUCUAUGGUUUGUGCAUCAAAUAAAAAAAAAUUCUAGGGUUUUAUUCGGGCUUGGUAUGAUGGCAAUUGUAUACUGAUGUAAGUAAAUGUAUCAACAUAAGAUGUGAUGUUAUUUAUUGAUAUUUUUGUAGAGGUUUCAUUUUUUCUUAGUGUUGAUUUUAACAUUGUUUCUUGUGUGAAAUAUACAGAAUCCUUUUUGUAAACAGUAUAUCUGCCUUGUCAGAGCAAAUUUUACCUGAUAAGUAUAUUUACAAGGCUUUGUAAACACUCAGAAGAAUUGUAACUUAUUUAGAUUGAUACAUAUUGACCAAUUAAAACAAAAAUUUAUGAAAUUAAA